AUGGGACAGAGCAGCGCAGAGCCAGAGCCAGAGCAGACAGCCUGGGUGGGUGCGAGGCCUAGAUACAGCUGUUUUAACCUCUCCUGUGUGUGUGUGUGUGUGUGUGUGUGUGUGUCCUGCACAGUCAAGCAGGACUCCAAUCACACCAUCGGUGUUGAGUUUGGCUCCAGGGUGGUGAACGUCGGUGGCAAGACGGUCAAACUGCAGAUCUGGGACACAGCUGGACAGGAGCGUUUCAGGUCUGUGACACGCAGCUACUACCGUGGAGCAGCAGGAGCUCUGUUGGUCUAUGAUAUCACAAGCCGAGAGACGUACAACGCCUUGACCAACUGGCUGACGGAUGCUCGCACCCUGGCCAGCCCCAACAUCGUCAUCAUCCUGUGCGGCAAUAAGAAGGACCUGGAUGCUGACCGAGAGGUCACCUUUCUGGAGGCCUCUCGCUUCGCCCAGGAGAAUGAGCUGAUGUUUCUGGAGACGAGUGCUCUGACUGGAGAGAACGUGGAGGAGGCCUUUCUCAAGUGUGCCCGCACCAUCCUCAACAAGAUUGAAUCAGGAGAGCUGGACCCUGAGCGGAUGGGUUCUGGUAUCCAGUACGGCGACGCUUCCCUGCGGCAGCUCCGGCAGCCAAGAGGCUCUGCAGCGCAGACCAAACAGCAGUGCAGCUGCUAGGGGCCGGACCCCACACACACACACCCCUGCCCCACACACACACCCCUACAGCCCUGUCCCAUGUGUUUCUGGGUUUGGAGGCCGCCCUCUCUCCUCUGUGACCCUCACACACCCAGAAACAUCUGGACGACACUGUUCCCAUGACGACCGUCAGCUCCCUGUGACCCCUGACCUGUGGUGAGAGCCAAUCAGCAGGCUGGCUCAGCCCCCCUGUGGAAGGACAUUGGUUUGAUGCUGGCCAGGGGGAGGGACUAGUAGAGGCUCCCCACUACAACCUUCUCCUGUGAUUUCAUGCAACACACACACACACACACACACAAAUAUAGAAAUGCACUAUACACGUAAACACACAUACACACUCCAU